GGUCAUAUGAUCAAAACAAAGUCGAAGAUGGCUGAAGCUGUGAGGGAGAAGCCUCGGAAAAGCAAGAAUAAGAAAGAUGGAAAAGACAAAAGAGCCAAAAAGAAAGAAGAAAGAUUUGAUUCUCUUCUUUCCAAAGGGCUAGAGGAGAGUGAAAAGGAAACUUUAGAUACGGUUGAGUCUGUGCUCUCCAGAGCAGACACUGGGAAACAGCUCCAUCUGAAACAGAACAUUCAGCUCCAGAAGCAGACCUAGCUACAGAUGUUAAGGACCCUCCAGAUGCACGGCCAUCAGAUAUACCUGUUGAUCCUGGAUUAGAGACAGUAGGAACAGAGUCAGAUGUGUGUAGGGAUGUAGAGAAGGAUGAGGAUGUGCAGGUCUCUGGGAUUACUGAUAGAGUUGGUUCAGUUGUCAUUGAUACUGGACAACACAUAUCCACUGGAUCAGAAGCUGUGCCUGAAGAACCUGCUGCAGGUUCGGGUGAAGUUCAAGGUGUUUCAGAACCAACUAUUGACAUUCUUGUUGAUUCACAGACAGAAUUAGUGUCCAGCACACAACCUGUGAAAGAGUUAGAUGCUGCCUCAAGCUUACUGGAUUCUAAUGAAGGUGAAGAAAGUGAUUCUAAACAACAACCAGAAGCUACGCACAUGUAUCCAUCUUUGCCUUCUGAUGUUGUUGUGCCUGUUCCAGUUCUAAACAGUGCAAGUGCUGCUGUCACUGUUGAUGCACAGGAAAGUGUGGAGGAAGAUACCGACACAUUCUAUUCUCUUCCUAAACAGGAUUUAACCCCUGUCUCAACUGAACCAUUGUCAAAUGAAGGUGGCGAUGUUCCUAAACUGGAUGAAAACCCUGUCUCAGCUGAAACUGUAGCAUGGUCAAAUGAAGAUGAUGAUAUUCCCCAACAGGAAGUAAACUCUGUCUUGGCCGACACUAUAGCAUCUUCCAAUGAUAUUCCCCAACAGGAAGUAAAUUCUGUCUUGGCCGACACUAUAGCAUCUUCCAAUGAAGUUCCCAAACAGGAAGUAACCCCUGGUGUUGUUGAUGUCCAACAAGACACUGCUGCAGCUGAAAAUGCUGAUCCUAUUGACCAAAGUAAUGAACUAACCUCAGAAGGUAAAGACCAUACUGCAGACAGAAUAACACCAAAAGAUAUGCAACAAGAAGAGCAUCCUCUGGCAGUGCCUUCGUCUACAUUCACCGAUGAAGUUCACAAACCUCAUGGUGUUGCAGGUGACAUUUCGACAGAUGAGGGGGCACAAGGUGCCACAGGGUUGUCUCGUCAAGAAUCUCAGUCAGAAUAUAGUGCUGAUGACUCGUACGAAUUUAUUACCAAACCAAAGAAACCAGAGUCAGUUUCUGUGAAAUUAACUGAGCACCAACCCAAAAGCAAUUUGGUAGAUGUGUUAGAAACCAUUGAAUCCUUCCCUGUACCAGAGGGUGAGAAAGAAUCUGCAGAGGCAGGGAAUGAGGUAGCUGGGAGAACUGUUGCUACUGCUGCAGCUCCACAGCCGAAGUCUGCAGCAAGAGAGAGGGUGGCUCACAGGAAGGUGUACAGCGAGACAACAACCCAGGUGUUCAAGCCCAUGACCAUCGAGCAGAUCCAGGCAUUGUACUAUAACCCCCAACUUGCCAAAAACCCACAGUUUAUUGAAAGUUUUGUGUUGAAAGAAGCGAAGAAAGACAGCCAUGAAUUUUACGAGAUUCUGCUGAGCUACUUCCGGUCGCGGAAGAAUCUGAUCAGUGCAGAGGAGGAUGUGAAGGGGCUGCAGUCGAACUACGUGAAGCUGCAGGAGGAGAUGUGGAUCACCACCACCAAGUCCAUCAGUGCACAGUCCAUGUGUGGGGAUGGGUCCAAGGUGUCCACCACACAUCUGUACGAGACCUGCAAACUGAACGAAGACUCCUUACACAGCAUGCAGGUGACUCUACAGACCAUCAGGGACCAAAUACAGGAGGAGCUUACCCUACACGCAUACUCCUCGCAGCUCUCCAAGCUGCAAGUUGAAUCCUACCUUCACAACUUGUUCAUGAACUCCCCUGGGCUGAGAGACAUCCCAAAAAAUACUCCAGUUCAUGCAUCGGCCAGCCACCGAGCAGAUGUUCAGCACCAGGUCCAGAAGUUGCGUGAUUGUAUAUCUGUGUUGUUCGUGUUUCACCGGCGCCCUAUCAAGGAUGUGGAGUUUGUCACCAACAUCAGACAGUGGACUGACAGACUGGUGGCGGCACUUCUAAGAGUAGCAACAUUUGACGACCACCUGUUCACCCUGAACCACAUCUUGCGAUGUCCGGCUGGGGUGGGGAAGUGGGCCACCAAGCUGAUACAGGUUCCCGAGCCUGGAUCCAACUCCAUGCAGGGAGCCUUUGGGAGCCCGGUGCUGGAUCAUCUCGUUACUGCACUGGCAACUGUACUCUUCCCUACACAAUCCCGCGAGGAGUUUAUGAGUCAGAUGCGGACCUCCCUGACCAAGGAGAGCAUGCAGAUGGAGAACACCUGGAUCCUGGUCGACUCAGAUGGAGAAGAGGAUGAGGACCCAACACAUGCCUGGCUGUAUCUCCAUGAGAACGACAUUGUGGCCAUACUGAUGCAGUUCCCCAUCACUGCAGUGUUUGCCCAUGUGCUGAAGGCAACCAUAGACGAGUCAGGCACAUCUCACUAUAACAUUGAUCACUCUCUCGAGGUGGACAUAAUGAGGGCGUUUGCCUUCUGUACCUGCUGGGUGAACCUCUUGGGGUCUGGAUUACAGACAUACUGCAUGGCCCGGUACAGACAGCUGAACAAGAGACUGGGCAAGAUGAUCAGACAAACUGUGUCCUUCGUGUCCGACCACUGGCUGACCUUCAAGGCCCACAACUCUGACCGGCUGACCCCAGGCACACUGAAGAGACUCCAGAUGGAGUUUGACCAGUUCUUCAUGAGGUCCACCUACUGCAUCCUCACCGCACAGAACUAUCAUGAGUCAGACUUACUGGGGUCAUGGCAGUUCAUGGCGGACAUGCCUUACACCUGUGUGUCUAGUGACAGCAUGUGGCAGCUGUUGUGGGUGCUACACCAGGGACAGAGUCACACCCUCAACCUUGACACCCUACCCCCUGUAGAACACUGUCAGGGUUAUCUUAAAGAUCCUGACAGCAGACAGCAGUUGGCAGACAAUCUGUUGAGUCUUCAGACGUCUGAGACCAUCUACCUGCUUACAACAUUUGCCAACAUGGCUCAGUGUCGGCCUGAACAAGAAGUAGAUUUCAUCCAGACAGUCAGCUUCGGAGUGUUUGAGAUCUCAUACACAUGCAGCCACACACGUGAGUUCUGCUCCAAGGUGGGUCGAGAGCUGCUCUCUUCCAUCGUGAUCCGACAUCCCUUCAUACUGUCGCUGCUACUGCAGAGGUCAAAGGAGGUCAUGCCUAAACUGGGAAUGAUGUCGCUGUACUUGUUCCGUGAGCUGCCAAUGUGGUCAUGGUUGCCUAGCGACCCGGAUAUGCUGGUAUUGAGGCAGUGGCUGCUGUUGGCAGAUCUCGGACAGCCGGAGAACCAGCUGGCUAGACUUGUGCUCAGUCGGAUGAACUGGAGCAUUGAUACACAGACGGGAGCACCUGUGUUGCCGGUACGACUUCACCGCCAGGUGGCGCUACUACUCGUGGAGUGUUAUUCCAAGUACAUAUCCAACAGACACAUGGGGGCUGUCAUUGGAGAGGGUAUCAGGCAGAUGGCGUCAGUAGUCCGACAGAACCAAACCCAAGAGCAGCAGUUCAACAACUGGGCCUGGGACUUGCUGCUGAAGCUCAAGCUGCAUAAACACAGCAUCCCUUCCCCGUCACAACAACUUGCUGCCGAGAUGGUGCCGCCAGACCUGUUGAAGGAUGACUUCUUGAUGCCAGUUACGAGGGGACUCAAACUCAAGAACCCCGUGGCUUCCUUUGUAGCUCUCACUAUGACCAGUAUUGGACACAACAUAACCAGUUUCGUGACGGAGGGCAUGGACUACCUGAUGAAUCUGACCAUGUGUAACCAGUUCUCCGCCGUCAUACACAUCAUCAGCUGCAUCGUGCCCUACUUCUACGACUCCCCCAUGUACUUCCUGCAGAGUGAAGGGUUCUUGAAGAUUGAGCAAACCCUUCUAGCAGCAGAUGAAUCACUCUUCAAAAUGGCCAAGUCAGUUUUGGGAUCCCAGUUCCCAGGGACAGUCACAAAACAGUUCACAGACAUGAUACAGUCCCAGAUAUCUAGUGCUGUGGCAGGGAAGACUACAGUGGUCAUCAUGUUUUGGAUCAAGGCGCUCAUGAAAGUUCCAAGAUGGUCGUCUGAUAGGAACUGUUGCUACCUGGUCGACUCUCUUGUGGAAAGGGCGUUCACAGUCAUGGGUGCCGUUGAUGAAAUGAAGCUGGUUUUUACACAAGCAUUUAAGGACAUUCGUAAAAGUGACCAGAACCAAGGAUUAGUGACGUCUGUCGUCAGUUGGAUCGCUUCGGGUGUGACGCUGCCUUCAUUGAUGGACCGAAACUCCUUCCCAGAAUUCACUUGGCUGGCCUUCAUGAUCCUGGUUGUGGAGGCUGACUAUGAGGCAGACACGAAGUUGUGGCUGUCUCUUGUACAGGAUAUGUAUGGUGACACCAAGCUGACUCCUGAUCAGGCUCACAGGCGUGUGAUUCCCAAACUGAAGUUAGAACAAGCUCCAGCCUUUGCUCGUCUGAACAUUUAUCGCUGGGCACAGCAAGCCCUUGAUUCUCCGAUCUCCCAUCCAUUCCUCCCUGUAGUGUGGCAGAGGUUCUUCCUGCUCUACCUGGGCAGACAGGUGUUUGAUUCGAGUCUUCCUCAGCGGGCCAGUGUGGGAGAGAGGUUCUUCCACAGCAUGAGUUACUCCUCCAUGUUGAAGAGGAUGAAGAAGCGGUUGGGUGAGGUGGCAGACUACCACAUGUAUUCCCACAGCAAGAAGGACAAGGGAGACAACACAGAGGACACAAGCGGCUCGGACGAGGAGACUCAGGAGAGGCAACCAGGAUACACCAGCACCAAGGAGUUUCACCAGAAGCUGGCCAGGAUGUACCAGACAUUUGCCCUUUGGCUGGAUGAACCUCGUCUCCAUGACGCCAACCUCUACCUCCCAUCCCUUCCAGCUCAGUACGACUCAGCUCGCCUUCUGCAAGUAUUCCAGAAUCAGAUGGUGCCAUGGCUGGAGUUUGUAGAUCUUGAGUCUGUCCGGCACCAACUGGCAAAGUCCGCAGAGGACUGGAAUAAACUGGUUAAUGCUGCUUCCUCAGAUGAUGUGAGAAACACCAUGCUCAACCCAGAGCUGGAUCCCCACAAAGCUGCUGACCGGAUCUUGGUGCGUCUCCGUCACUACGACCCCCCUCUGUCUGCCCCACCGCUGUGCACCUUGAAGGCGCCGGUACCAGACAUCAGCACAGCCAUCCUGGUGGAGAAACACUCACUUAUACACCUCCUGGAUGCUGACCUCAACACACUCCGGGACUAUACAAGGGUGUUUUCUACUAGAGUGGCCCAGCACUGUGCUGUAGAUGGAAUCUACCUUGACCUGUUACCUGAGUUGUUCUCCAACCAACUCAACCAGGUGACCUUGACGAUUGAGUGUAAGAGCAAGGUGAACCCUCUGCACAGGUGCACUAAUCCAGCUGUGGCUACAGUGCAGGUGAAUGAGAAGACCAUUAACACAAGUGUUCAGCGUAAGAUGGACGAGAAUCGGGCGGAGUACAAACAAGUGAUGAUCGAGUGCCUCUUGCCCCCACCCUCGAAUGUCUGCACUGCCGCCGUACAUGUGGAGAACGCCAUCACGAUGCUGAUCAAGCUGUCCCAGUCAACUACUGAUGAUGGUAGACUCGCCAUCCUGUUCGACAUUGCCAACACUUUGUUCUACCACCUGGCCACCAUGAUCAAUGAGGACACCAACUUCUACCUCCCCACCAAACAGUUCUUCUCCUCCUGCCUCGAGAUCCUGGGACAGGAGUUCCUGUCUCGAGACCCCAGCCAGACCCAACUCCUGCUGCAGUUCUGCCUGGACAACCCCAACCUCUCCUGCCACGUGUCUCAACACUUCAUCCCCAACAACAGCCCCGAGACCUACGUGCUGAUGUACGAACAACUCAUUCACAUACUGCAACAGAAAAACAUGGACCUGGUCUUCGCUCUACUCACUAAGUUCGACGUGUGGACUUGGCUGCAAACCUCCCAACCUCCGCAUGCAGACAGGAAGAGGUUUGUUGGUAUUCUUGGUUCUGCUCUGAUGUCCUGUGGAGCUGAACCGGAGAGGACGACUAAGCUUGUGUUUGAUCUGUACUGCAGUCAUCUCAACUCGUACCUACAGACCAACUUCCCCCAGAACCUGUGUGACGUCCUCUCACUGGUCAUACAAGGGUCAGCAGUGGAGAGGCUUCAUGUUCAGUGUUGGGAGAUACUGCUUGGAGAGUGCUUCACCCCAGUCCACCAGAGUCUGGCUCCACAACAACGGAAACCAUCCAUCUGCUUCUCCUUGUGUGACGUGGAGGCAUGUACGGAUACAGUCCUCGCUACAACACAGUUGACGGAGAUCCUCCAGUGGCUGUCCAGUCAGUUCAUGCAGCUUCGCCUCCACAACUCGGAGAACUCCAUGUUUGGCCUCUACCCCAAGUGGAGCCGCUACAUCCCAUACGUCUCCCACUUCCUUGGGGGACUCAUGAGAAGCUUCGUCACAAAGAUGCUGCCAAAUUUCACAGAGAUGAACCCAUACCAAGUGCUGGACAUGACAUGGAAGCAGGUGCUUGACCUGUUCGCUGCCUGGAUCCAGCCUGUGGCCAACCCCCAGCAGACCUGGUACCCCUGGAUAGAGAGUGACAGUCUGGUGGCCUUGGAGAUGGUGGCCAUGUUCCGCAAGGUGGUCGACUACAUCAGAAUACAGUUCUCAGCCAAGAUGGCGGACAUGGAUGGUCGAGUGCUGGGCAUGUUGCUGAUGUACUACAUGAACUGUCUGUCCACCCCCGACCUGCCCAUCUGCAUCGCUGAAAUCUACAACCAGGAGCUGAGGCAGCUCCCCUGGGAACAGCUCAAGCCAGACCUGCAGCUCGUGGAGAUGAUGGCACAGUUGAAGGAGCGUGUGACUGCUCCAUGCUUCCACCUGAUUGGCGACAUCCUGACAAAAGUCACGUGGAAUGAGUUGGUGCAAUACCUGAUGAUCUACCAGCCCCCUGACAUGACAGCCAGGUUCCAGUCAGCCCUGCUCAUCUUGCUGGUGCAGUGCUAUGGGGACAAGUCACUGCUGGAGAAACCGGAGACUGUCAAGUUGUUGACAGCAGCAGAGAACUUCAACUGGCUGUACGUGGGGUCAUCUAGCUAUAGGGUGGCCAGCAACUGGUUCAUGCAGUGCUGUGACCCCCGCUGUGUCUUGGCAGAGAGGUCCUCCUCCCUCGCAUUGGGGCUCAAACUGAUGCGUGUAGCGGCCGGGUUCAGCAGCGACUCCAGCGUGUCGUGGUCCGAGGACCUGUCCACCAAGAGACUGAUGUACGUACACUGCAUCACCCAGCUGCUCUGUCGGUGCUCCUACAAGGCAGACAUCAAUACCGAGGUCAUCUCCACCGUCAUCGUCAACCUCCUCACAGAGAUAGAGGCUGUGGAAACGUCUGUGGUAGACAUGAAGACCCAGCAAGAGGAAUCUCUAGACUUGGUCAAGGAUGUCCUCAGUCUGCUCAACAACUGCAACCCAGACAGCAACGCCCUCAGUGUAGUCAUGACAACCAUCACCGAGUGGCUCAAGUCCUCCCCUCACAGCAUCCUCCUCACCCCCUGCAUCAAGGCCGCCAACAGGUGCUUGGCCUCCCUACAGCAGAUGGUUCAGAUCACGGAGGCCUGCAUCGAGGUCUACUUCACAGCGGACCAGAACACAGGAAGCAGUGGGCAGUGGGACCACAUCCUGGCCGUGUUCCAGAUGCCGGAACUGAACGUGUCUGACUGCAUCAAUGAGGCCAUCAACCAGGGGUCCUACCUGAUGCUGUACGCCUACACCCUGCAGCAUAUACCUCUCUGUCAGAGCUACGAUGAUGAACUCAAGCUGAUGGACAACUUGUUGAACUGGACUACCGAGAUCAAACCUGGUGCUGAGAACGAGGGCAAGUUGCUGCUGUGGUGGCAGAAGCUGCUGGACCUCCUCCUGAGACAGCUGGACGGGGCACAGAAGAGAGUCCGCUGUAUCCUCGCCCUCAAGAAGUUCCUCAUGCAGCUCAAUGUCUUCGGAGAGGACAGGGCUUCCUCAGGGCUGCUUGGUGCUAUAGGCUUCGGUAAAAAGUCAUCACUGUCACUGAAGUUUCGCAUCAUGUGCCGCACCAUCGCCGCCUUCCUUGCCACCCAGAUCUACAGCGACACCGAGCUCCGCCUCCAGCCCCACCAGCCUUUGUCCAACACACAGUCGGCUAAGGCCAGUCGUACAGCACUGGCCGGCCUCAAGACCAACAAGCAGUACGCCCAGUACAAGGAGCAGAUUGACCUGGUGUGCCACUUCGUCAACGACCAGACGAUGUGUUUGAGAGACUCACUAGCACUCCUUCAACAGCUUGCACAAGCCUUCUUUGCUGACUGGCACUAUCUGAAGUGUAUUCAGUGAAAUGGAUGUUAUUCUUCAUUGAGCUUAAGGUUGAAUCUACUCCAAGAGUGUAGCUGGAAACUGGUGCAAGACUGGAACCCAGCCCUAGGCUGGCUAAUAAGGACCAGGUAGCUCAAUGCGUGUCAAUAUUCUGUCAGGUAUGGAUCAAUGUACUUUCAGCCACUGCUUUGCCUGAAGGUCGAUUUUUUACAGACCACUUUGGUGUUGGAAUAUUGCUUCAGCAUUAAACAUCACACAUGCCAAACGUUUUGUUGAGAAUGCCAGGUGAAGAUUUCAAAGUGUAAUACAUGUAUUCAGCUUUCAAAGCUGGUGCUAUAUCACAAUUUCAGGUGCUUUGGUAAAAACAUUAAACUGUAACUGCCUUGUUGAACUUUCCAAAACAUUGAUUGGUAGCUUAGGUGGUGAAGUUGAUGUCACAAGAUGUUCCAGCGUACUUACAAGUGACAUGCGCAGUAUCUUAUCCUUCUGCAAUAUUUGAUCAUAUUUCUUUAAUUUUGAUAGAAAGCAAUACUACAUCACUGUAAGUGACUAUGAGUAUAGUCAAGUGGGUGAAUGAGUGAUUUGGGGGUUUCUGCUGAUUUCAGCGGUAUUCUAGUAAUGUCAUGUUCGGGGACACACAUCUUAACCAUGUGGGGAAACAAACACAGAAUUUCAUCUGGAUGAGGAAACCCUUUAACCACUUGGCUACCUCACUUCCCAAAUGACCUAUAGAUUAUCCAGUGCACAGAUAUGUAUAUGUCUUUGUUAACGUGGGGCGGUGGGGUAGCCUAGUGGUUAAAGCGUCCGCUUGUCACGCCGAAGACCUGGGUUCGAAUCCCUACAUGGGUACAAUGUGUGAAGCCAAUUUCUUGUGUCCCCCUCCGUGAUAUUGCUGGAAUAUUGCUAAAAGCGGUGUAAAGCCAAACUCACUUACUCACUCACUCACUUUGUUAACGUAGAUGAUUUCAAAUGUCACAGUUACAAUAUAUGCAUUAACUAAUUAUUUUUGUAUUUGACAGAUGCGCCAAGCGUUAAUUCUAAUGUGAUAAAUAAUCCCUUCA